AUGAAGACAAAUAGUCUGGCUGAUAAUAGGGCGCUUUUGCAGGUUCUUUCUCUCUCAGAGAAUACGGAGCUGACGCCUACGGAUAUUCUUAGUUGUGCAAUUGUCGGCGGUGUUGUUGGAAUUUUUGAGGAUGAGAAAAAACGGUACGUGGACUCCGUGUUGCUACCGUCCUCUCGUGACCUCACGACAUUAGCUACGUUUAUUGCGGAGGGAUUUUUUGCGCCGUUUCUUCGUUCGGCAUUAGGUGAUCAUUUGCCGCGGUACACCAUUAUCGCGGAGUCGGGUUGCUUUGAGGCGUUGUCCCUUCCAGUGAUUUUGUUUCCCGAUUGUUUUUUGCUGUUGCCAUCCCCGUAUGUUGCGUCUCCGAACAACACGACUCCGCCAGGUUUUCCCUUGGGGGGAGGCGCCAUCAAUGUAUCAUUGGACGGCUUUUCAAUGGCCUCUGUGUCUUCCGUGCCGACGGAGGUGGCCGACGUCUUGCAGCUUCAUCAGCACCGUUCGCAUGUGGCGUUGUUACUCUUAAAAAAUGUAAAUGAGAUUUUACGAGAUGCGGAGGUUUGGAAGUUGAAGAUUUCAAAGGAAAAAAUGACGGCAGGGAUCUCUGAAAUGGCUGCCAUCAAUGCUGUAAUGGCGCUUUUUUAUGAGGUGAAGAUGUUGCUGCUUUGCUGUCUUGUGAGUAGCAAGAAGGCGUACACGGUCGAAAAGGAUUUUUUCACUGGUAGCCACAAUUCCGCACAGAAAUACUUUAGUGAGCUCUUUUCACCGGAUGAGCUCUGCAGGAUAUUUGAUCAUAAAAGUCGAUCUUCCGCAGAGCACGUGGAAAAGUGGUACGACGCCAUGAUGACUACUCUCAUCGACGGGGUGUCGGCACAGGACAGUGAGUUGCAAGCGUAUAUUCACGAAUUGCAGCGGUCAUUAGCCGAGGAUGAGCGGCGAAUCACUGGAGCGCCGCUGUAUCUUCUUCAUCGACCACACGAUGCGGCAAGCACGACACUUAUCCAUCUUGCGUGUGUGCACUCGGAACUUCCAAGCCUCGAAUUACAACCUGGUGAAAUGUUUCUUUUGCUUGACCCUCUAGGUGAGUCCCUGCUGUUUGAUGCGGAGCCAUCGAAGCUUUGUACGCUGCUCCGCCGCUGCGCUUUAGUGAAGCUAACAGUAACACAGCUGCGGGACGCGGAAAGAAUACUAUCGUGCUCCCCUUGGUGUGAGCUUUGCGAUACCGUUGUAGAAUCCGUUCAAUAUCACCUCAAUAACGAUGCAUUCUUGUCCGUCGUGCUUGAGAAGAAUAGUUCCUUCCUUGUGAAACUGGUGCGGUGGCUGAGAGGGAUGCCCGCAGCCGAAGAAGACGGAACAAUGGUCCGUUCGACGGAAACAAGGCAGCAAGAGGUUCUGGGGGUGUCUAUGGCAAACCACAUCAUUGAAUACGCCAUUCAUUUCUCCUCGUUUGGCGCCGCUAUCGCACAAUUCAUACGUGAGGUGGUCAGCUGCACGGAAAUAAGCGAGCCACAGCUCCAUACAUGGGUGGAUCGCUCGAUAAUCGAAUUGGAGAACAAACCAUCGGCGGCGGUUGGGCUUUUCGCACUUGUUGUGGCCUUCUCCCUCGCACAGAGGGGCUGGGAUUUACCGGGGGCAACCCGCGAGUCAGCCAUUCGGCUCUGCACACAACAUAAACAACAGCCGAAUUGUGUUACACUGCUCAAUUUGCUCCGCCGCCAUUCCCAGUAG